CUAAGUUACAGUUGCUCUUAACAACUAGAAUAAUACAGUGACUUGACAUACCUUUGCCUGGGCUUACUACAUGUCUAGCCAAGGAAGAUGAAAUACAGCUCCUGGACCUUCUAAAUAUCCAUUAGAGGAAGUUAAUAAGCUUCAGCUGGACCUGCUUAGCUAUAGAAAUCGGGCUGUAGCUCUUGGACCUGCUACAUGCUUAGCGAAAGGUUACAUUUACAGAUUUCAACUUUGUUGGUUUAUUCCAAUGGAAAUAAGUCACUUUGUGGAUUAUCUCAGAUGGGAAACACAUCCACCAUCCUGUGUAAGAAUGAACGUAAUGCACUAUUAACACGUGACAAUGGUGAACACUUAAGUAGUGGUAUAAGUAAGACUCACCUCACAGAGGAGACAACUUACAAGCAACUUCAAAACUACUAUAACAAGUAUGGCAGCAAAAUAAACAUUAUGCAACUGUUCAAAGAAGAUCCAGACAGGUUUAAGAAAUACAGCCUGAUAUUGGCAACUCCAGAUGAUGGAGAUAUGCUACUUGACUACAGCAAAAAUCGCAUUAAUGAUGAAGUUCUCAAACUUCUGUUUGAUUUGGCAAGAGCUCGCAACAUUGAGGGGUCUCGCGAUGCAAUGUUUUCUGGAGAAAAGAUUAACUUCACUGAAGAUAGGGCUGUUUUACAUAUUGCCUUACGUAAUCGUUCCAACACUCCUAUUAUGGUUAAUGGAGAAAAUGUCAUGCCGCAAGUUAAUUCUGUACUUUCCCACAUGAAGAGCUUCUGUGGCAGGGUUAUUUCAGGUGAAUGGAAAGGUUACACUGGAGAAGCUAUCACAGAUGUUGUUAACAUUGGCAUUGGAGGUUCUGACCUAGGUCCAUUAAUGGUAACAGAGGCUCUGAAGCCUUAUGCCAAUGGACUAAGUGUACACUUUGUAUCUAAUAUUGAUGGCUCACACAUGGCAGAGACACUUAAGACUCUGAGGCCUGAAAGGACAUUGUUCAUUAUUGCCUCUAAAACAUUCACCACACAAGAAACCAUUACCAAUGCUACCUCAGCCAAGAACUGGUUCCUAGCUACUGCUAAAGAUGAUCGUGCUGUUGCCAAGCAUUUCAUAGCUCUGUCAACUAAUGGUCCCAAAGUAAAAGACUUUGGCAUUGAUGAGGCCAAUAUGUUUGAAUUCUGGGACUGGGUAGGUGGCAGAUACUCCCUUUGGUCAGCUGUAGGUCUGUCUAUUGCACUCCAGAUUGGGUUUGGCAACUUUGAAAAACUUCUGUCAGGUGCUCAUUUUAUGGAUAACCAUUUUAGAACUGCACCAUUAGAGCACAAUCUUCCUGUAAUUCUUGGACUUCUGGGCAUAUGGUAUCACAACUUUUAUGGUGCAGGAACCCAUGCCCUCUUACCAUACGACCAGUACCUACACCGGUUUGCUGCUUACUUUCAACAAGGGGAUAUGGAGUCGAAUGGAAAAUAUGUAACACGUAGUGGACGCCGGGUGGACUACAGCACUGGGCCAAUUGUUUGGGGUGAACCAGGGACCAAUGGCCAGCAUGCAUUUUAUCAACUGAUUCAUCAGGGGACUCGUCUAAUUCCGGCAGACUUCAUUGCUCCUGUCAAGUCCCAUAACCCAAUUAGAGAUAACCUUCAUCAUAAGCUGCUGCUGGCAAACUUUCUGGCACAAACAGAGGCUCUUAUGAGAGGGAAGACGAAAGAAAGAGCCAAGGUUGAACUAGAAAAAGCUAACCUGUCAGCUGAUGAACAAAAACAUAUCUUGCCUCAUAAAGUGUUUGAAGGCAACCGCCCGACAAACUCUAUCAUGGUUGAAAGGUUUACUCCAUUUACUUUGGGAGCACUAAUUGCUAUGUAUGAACACAAGAUCUUCAUACAGGGCAUUAUCUGGGACAUUAAUUCCUUUGAUCAAUGGGGAGUGGAACUUGGUAAGCAGCUGGCAAAAGUUAUUGAACCAGAGCUUCAAAACAAGAACACUGUGUCAUCACAUGAUGCAUCUACUAAUGGACUAAUGAAUUUCAUCAAAUCAUACUUUUAAAUUCUGUAGAAUAGUGCCAGUAGUUAAUACUAUGAAGGGACUUUGCAGAAUCUGAGCUAAAUAUAUACCACUCUGUAGUGGUGGAGGGAAGGCAGGGUAGAGGUCAUCCUAGGAAAGGUUGGAGGGGAAGGGUAAAGGAGGUUUUGUGUACAAGGGGCUUGGACAUCCAGCAGGUGUGUGUGAGUGUGUUAAAUAGGAGAGAGAGAAGGCAAAUGGUUUUUGGAUCUUGACGAGCUGUUGAAAUGUGAGCAAGAUAACAUUUUGUGAAGGGAUUCAGGAAAACCAGUUAGCUGGACUUAAGUCCUGGAAGUGGGAAGUACAGUGCCUGCACUCUGAAGAAGGGAUGGGGAUAUUUGCACUUUGGAGGGGCAUCUAAACUGCAGAAUUGGCAUGCCUCUGGCAAUACAGUAAUAAAGUGAGUGAUGGUGAAAGUGUUUCUUCUUUUUCGGUUCACCUUACUUCAGUGGGAGACGGCCAGUGUGUUAAAAAAAAUACCACCCCUUGGAAAAGCUGUGAGAAAAUAUACCUGGUACACAGGGAAAUCAGGAGAGACCUAGACUCACAUUAACAAAUAUAACUAUGUUUGCCACAUCAGCAAUGAAAAGAACACUAGUGUGAUGCAUGAAACACUCUCUCACAUCUUAUGGCAUGGGAAUGAUCUGAACUAAACAUUGUUGAAGAGGACCACACCAAUAGACAGUGUUUAAAAGUAGGUCAUAUUAUGAAUACAGUUCCUAAGAGCAGAGGGGAUUUGCAUUUCCAUCAGCCAUAUCAUACUACUUAAGAAUAAAAACAAAGAUUUCAGACAGACGUGCUAACACACUUGUACAACUCAUUCCUCAUGUCAAUUUUCCUGGGUAGCAGAGCACUGCAGUAGGCCUACUAGCUCUUCCGUUCUUGGUGUACUGGCCACUAUCUCAUGCACUACCCUCCUCCCUACUAUGUAUGUGAGCAUAUCUUUUGAUUUCCUUGUCACUUGAGAAAGUUUAGUACAUGUGUAUCUCUGUAAAUAAAAGUUUUUCUAGUUAA